AUGGCCACUACUCUCCUUAAUUCAGAUCUACCUGUGGCCUCUGAGGCUCGCAGCAAUUGGGUUGUGCAAAAAUUCGGCGGCACCAGUGUCGGCAAGUUUGCGCUCAACAUCAUUGAGCAGGUUGUCGAGUAUGACGCAUCUUUUUCAACUGCAAUCCUCCUCGAAACUGACAUUUGCCCUACAGACCUAGUCUGGUCGACAACCGAGUCGCUGUCGUAUGCUCUGCUAGAAGCAGUUCUACCAAAGCAGAAGGCACCACCAACCGCGCGGGACGCUGAGAACUCCCAAUCACGAGAAUAUGAGUCAUUGGUCGAGGCCGUUCGCUUGGAACACAAUCAAGUCCUCCAGGACCAAGUCAAGUCGGUCGAAUUAAGAGAUCAAGUCACCGCAGACAUCAAUGCGGAGUGCGAGCGGGUUCUCAAGGUCCUCGAGGCCGCCCAGACCCUUGGGGAGAUUAGCGCUCGCUGUGUGGAUAAGGUCAUGAGUGCUGGUGAGAAGUUGAGCUGUCGGGUGAUGGCCGCUCUCUUGCAAGAUCGCGGCGUGGAUUCACAAUACGUGGAUUUGUCCGAGAUCAUUGAUUUCCCCAUUGGUACCAAAGGUCUGGACCAAGACUUCUAUAAUAAUUUGGCAGCAGCCUUUGGUGCGAAGGUCGAUGCCUGCGGGCACCGAGUUCCUGUUAUGACGGGUUACUUUGGUACCAUCCCCGGUGGUCUGCUGGACCAGAUCGGCCGUGGAUACACCGAUCUCUGCGCCGCCCUAGUUGCCGUCGGAACCCGUGCGAAGGAGCUGCAGGUGUGGAAGGAAGUGGAUGGUAUCUUCACCGCGGACCCUCGCAAGGUACCUACCGCCCGCCUCCUUCCCACCAUCACCCCUGCCGAAGCCGCCGAAUUGACCUUCUAUGGAUCGGAGGUGAUCCACCCCUUCACCAUGGAGCAGGUUAUCCGCGCCAAGAUUCCCAUUCGCAUCAAGAAUGUCAUGAAUCCCAGGAACCGCGGUACUAUCAUUUUCCCUGACUCCGUGGCGGAAUUAGAGAGAACCACACCGGGCCAUGACCCUCGCCUGUUCCGCACUCGGAGUCCCAGUCUCAUGCAGAGGCCGAAGCGGCCCACGGCAGUCACCAUCAAGCAUAACAUUCUGGUGAUCAAUGUUCAUUCCAACAAGCGCUCGCUGUCUCACGGUUUCUUUGCGGGGAUUUUCUCCGUCUUGGACAAGUGGCGCUUGUCAAUUGAUUUGAUCUCGACCAGCGAGGUCCACGUGUCCUUGGCCCUUCACUCGGAGAUGCCCCUCCUAAACGGAAACGGAAGGGAUGAGUACCAGGUCAUUGAUGACGAUCUGAAAGGGGCUCUGAGUGACCUGGCUCGGUACGGCACUGUAGACAUCAUCCCCGAAAUGGCCAUUCUCAGUCUGGUUGGCAAGCAGAUGAAGAACAUGAUCGGUGUCGCCGGUCGUAUGUUCACUACUCUUGGGGAGAACAAUGUGAAUAUUGAGAUGAUCUCGCAAGGUGCCAGUGAAAUCAAUAUCUCCUGCGUUAUCGAAGAACGCGACGCCGACCGAGCGCUGAACAUCAUCCAUACCAGCAUGUUCACCUUCUUGGACUAA